AUGGAAACUCUUGAUAAUCUGUUGAAUGGCACCCUAGACCUUCCAUACCCAGCUGCUACAAAGCAAGUGGCUGGGCUGGUCAAUGGUGUCAAGACAGACGUCAUGGUCAUGAAAUUCUCCGACAAGAUCAUGGUGACUAUCUCGCAGGAAGGACGACUCGCUCACUGGCUGCAUGUACCGAUGGAAAACCAGAACCCAGGCACUGAAGGCGCGCACACUUUCUCCGAAGACGGAGAGGACAGUCUUCUACCCCUCAGCGGACUGACAGCGACUUCACUUCUGGGUGGUUACGCUUCUGGCCAGGACACGAUUGGUCAGCUGCUCGCUCGACAAAUUGCAAACUCCAUCGCUAUCAAAUCGCCAAACGAGAAAAGACUGCUUGUCGUUGGCUUGGGGCUUCGUCCUAUCGGUACUGAUCGAGAUGCUUUCUUUGCUAUCAAUGAUCUUGCCUUGCAAUGCAUUUGA